UACAAAUUCAUGUGUAAUUUAUAAGCGUAUAUAUUCUGUAGGAGUAUAUAAUUCCCAUUGAAAUCCUUGAAUUUUAUGAUUGGAUUGUAAGCAUAUUACUUCAUUAAAAAUAUGAGUAUCCACGCCCCAGUCACCCCAGCUAAAGAAGUUCCAUACUUCAUUCCUAAAGCAACUGUAAUUGCAGGUCAAGCUUUAGAUCCACAACCUGAAGAUAAGAAUGUACCAAAGAUUUUUCAACCAUUAAAAAUUAAGGGGUUGAACCUUCAAAAUAGAAUUGGAGUGUCACCAAUGUGUAUGUACUCCGCUAAUACAAAGUUUGAAUCAACUCCAUUUCAUUUGAUACAUUAUGGAAGUUUCCUACUUAGGGGACCUGGUAUUACCAUUAUCGAAGCGACGUCUGUCUCUCCCGAAGGUGGUCUUUCUCCCCAAGAUUUAGCCAUUUUUAAUGAUGGACAGGCUUUAAAGUUGAAGGAGAUUGUCGAUUUUGCUCAUACACAGAAUCAGAAUAUUGCAGUUCAACUUGCUCAUGGUGGUCGUAAGGCUAAUGGUCAGGCUGCCUAUGUACAUUUAGAAAAGGCAUCUACCAAGGAGGAAGGUGGGUGGCCCGAUAAAGUUGUUGCUCCAUCCCCCAUCGCAUAUAGAGAUGGUGGAUCGCUUGUUGUUCCAAAGGAAUUAUCUGUUACUGAAAUUGAAAGAAUUGUUGGUGAUUUUGGAUCUGCAGCUAAAAGAGCUGUUGAAAUUUCUGGAUUCGAUGCUAUUGAAAUUCACGGUGCCCAUGGAUACUUAAUUAAUGAAUUUCUUUCUGAAAUUUCUAACAAGAGAACCGAUAAAUAUGGUGGAUCCUUUGAGAAUAGAAUUAGAUUUUUACUUGAGGUCAUUGACUCUAUCAAGGCUAACGUUCCUGCCGAUUUCCCAGUCUUUUUAAGAAUUUCUGCUUCGGAAAAUACACCUGACGAUCCAUUGGCUUGGACCAUUGAGGACUCUAUCAAGUUGGUAGAUGUUGUCAUUGAAAAGGGUAUUGAUGUAAUUGAUGUCUCUUCAGGUGGAAACAACUCCAACCAAAAUGCAAGAGGUCCCAAGGAGGCUUUGCAUGCUGAGUUAGCUAGGGCAAUUAAGAAGCUGGUCGGUGACCGUGCUUUAGUUGCGUGUGUUGGAAAAUUAAAUAGAGCAGAGUUGGCCAACGGCCUUAUUGAAGAAGGGGCAUUUGACCUUGCUCUUGUUGGUGUUGGAUUCUUGAAAAACCCUGGACUUGUUAAUCAAUGGGCCGAAGACCUUGGGGUUAGAGUACAUGGAUCUCGUCAAUAUGGCUGGGCAUUCCAUCCAGAUAGAGAUCAGGUUGUUGAAGCGAUUACUAAAGCGGCAGAGAAUGUAAAACUUAGAGACUCUAAAUAAUUUAAAUACAAUAUAGUUAAAUAUUUUCUGUAAUUU